UAAAUGCGUAUCUAAUCAGAGCCAACUCCUCUCUCAGCUCUCUAAGUACCAAAAUCUCGCACACCCAAACUACCACUACUACUUCCACUAUGAGACUAAAUGUCAUAACCGCAAAAUCAUCAUCCCAUUCUCUCCCUCAAUUUCUUGUUUUCAAUUCCUUUUCAUCAAGAAACCCUUUUUCGUUUCCAAGAAACCCAAUUUCUCCCUGUACUCCACCUGUCUUCCUCUGCAAAUCCAAACCUUCCCGGUUUGUCCCGAUUUUUUCUUCCAAUCCCGGGAAAUACACCGAUUCCACUCGAGUUUCGAGUCGUGGGGUGGAGUUGGAUCGGAAUUCUAAGGAUAAUGUUGUCAACGAAGACGAUUUUCAGGGGAGUUGGAAUGUGGAGGUGGGGAAUCCCGUUGUUCCCUCGUAUGUUCCGCCGCCGGCAAAGAGUUUGAGCGAUCAAGCGUUCUUUCUCCUGGCGUUUAUAGCCUGCACUACUUCUGUAGCAUUUACAAGCCUUGUAAUUGCAGCCGUCCCAACACUCUUUGCAAUGGGGAAGGCUGCAACAUCUCUCUCAAAGUUAGCAGAUACAGCUCGUGAGGAACUCCCUAGUACAAUGGCUGCCAUUAGGCUUUCGGGCAUGGAAAUCAGUGAUCUUACACUUGAACUAAGUGACUUGAGUCAAGAGAUAGCUGAUGGGGUCAACAAAUCAGCUCAAGCAGUGCAAGCAGCAGAAGCUGGCGUUCGACAGAUCGGUACACUCGCUCGUCAACAAACUCUCUCAAUGAUUCAAGAGAGGGCCAGCCUUCCUAUCAUUUCUUUGCAACCAGUUGUUACAGGUGCUGCAAGGAAGACUUCUCGUGCUGUUGGUCGUGCCACGAAAACCUUCAUGAAUAUCAUCUCUCGAGGUGAGUUCAGUUCCGAGAAUGAGAAUGACAACAGCAUAGAUAGAUUGGACAUCUAGGAUUCUUACUUACAUACUUCCCUUUCAUAUAAUUGUAUAUAACUGGUUAUCAAUCUCUUACUCAUCUUUGAUAUAUCUCAUGGAAAGAUAUUACAAAAUA